AUGCUUCACAACCUUUGCAAGAUCACCCCAGCAUCUAGAGCAUCUCUCAGGCCAUCAUUGAGCAUCGCCAGAGUGCAAUUGUACUCGUCUUUCAAUCCAGCAGACCAGCCUAGAAUCAGAAUAGGCUCCACUGCCCCCGAUUUCACCGCCGACACCACCAAGGGCAAAGUUGCUUUCCAUGACUUUCUUGAGAAGACUAAGCAAUGGGUUGUCUUGUUCUCUCAUCCUGCUGACUUCACCCCAGUUUGCACCACUGAGUUGGGUGCCUUUUCCAAGCUUGCUCCAGAGUUUCAGAAGAGAAACACCACUCUUUUCGGUUUGUCCACUGAGGGCGUAGAGAGCCACAACGCUUGGAUCAAAGAUAUUGAAGAUGUCACAGGAGAAAAUCCUUUCAGUUUCCCUAUCAUCGCCGACCCUUCGAAGGAGGUUGCAUUCAAGUACGAUAUGGUUAGUGAGGACGACUUCCACAAGCUCAAGGACCAAAUGGUGCCCACUGUCAGAUCUGUGUUCAUCAUUGAUCCAAGUAAAAAGGUUAGAUUGAUCAUGACAUAUCCAGCCUCCACCGGUAGAAACUCUGCCGAAGUGUUGAGAGUGCUUGACGCCUUGCAGUUGACCGACUCCAAGGGUGUGGUUACUCCGAUCGACUGGAGCAAGGGUCAGGACGUAAUCAUCCCUCCUACAGUGUCUGACGCGGAUGCUAAGGCCAAAUUUGGUGAGUUCAAGACCCUCAAGCCAUACUUGAGAACCACCAAGGACCCUCAGUAA